ACUGUCAGUUGGUGGCCUGGGAACGUUAGCUGUGGACGUUAUCCGGUUAGCUGGUGGGCAGAAUCAGCCCAGUCGUACGAAAACUUGCACGUGUAGCAAAGCAAACGCAGACAUUUUUGUUGCUUGAGCUUAAUUUGUUAUCCUUGCUGUUUAUGAUGGCAUGAAUGUGUUGUUGAAAAUAUCUCACUGUUGUUUGGCACAGUCGUGUAAGUUGGGGAGAACUGUUAACAGAGGUUUCGGGUUUCUCUCGCAAAGUGCCGUGUUAGGAAUCUCUUAGCAAUGGCAAGUAAGAUGUCAGCGUGUUUGCGUCUAGUACUUGUUGUAACAGUCCUGUCUGAACUCGGUGUAUUCCAUGUUGGCGCUGAUUAUGACAACCAUUGGGCAUUCUACUAUGAAACACCUUGUUGCGGACACCACCAUCUUAGACACCAUAAAGAUCAUGUGCGAGAAUUCACCUGUGGCAAACUGUAUUACCGAACGUUCUACUUGGACGAGAAAAGAGAUGCUCUCUACGUUGGAGCUAUGGAUCGUGUAUUCAGGUUAAAUUUGAGCAACAUUAGUCACUCAAACUGUGAGCGGGAUUCAUUGAGCUUAGAACCGAGCAAUGUCGCCAGCUGCGUUUCCAAAGGGAAAUCGGAGCAUUUCGACUGCAGAAACCACAUCCGGGUGAUACAGCCGAUGGGAGAUGGUGGCCGACUGUACAUGUGUGGCACCAAUGCGCACAGUCCGAAAGACUGGGUCAUCUACUCGAACCUGACUCAUCUUCCUCGCCACGAGUAUGUUCCUGGAGUUGGUGUGGGAGUUGCGAAGUGUCCGUUUGAUCCUGCCGACAACUCGACAGCUCUGUGGGUGGAGAAGGGAAACCCGGGGGAGUUACCAGGCCUUUACAGUGGUACGAAUGCAGAAUUCACCAAAGCAGACACCGUCAUCUUCCGCACUGACCUCCACAAUCUGACCACAGGGAGACGCGAGUACAGCUUCAAGAGGACACUGAAAUACGACUCCAAGUGGCUGGACAAACCAAACUUUGUUGGGUCCUAUGACAUCGGGCAGUACGUAUUCUUCUUCUUUCGAGAGACGGCUGUGGAGUACAUCAACUGUGGAAAAAGUGUAUACUCUAGAGUGGCACGGGUGUGCAAGAAGGACACAGGUGGCAAGAAUAUCCUCAGUCAGAACUGGGCUACAUACCUCAAGGCUCGUUUGAACUGCUCUAUUCCUGGAGAAUUUCCCUUCUAUUUCAAUGAAAUUCAGAGUAUUUACAAGGUUCCUGGUGACGACACAAAGUUUUAUGGUGUAUUCACGACGUCGAUGAAUGGGUUGAUGGGAUCAGCUAUAUGCUCCUUUGCCAUCGAAGAUAUUCAAGAAGCUUUCAGAGGGAAGUUUAAGGAACAAGCGACGAGUAGCUCGGCUUGGCUUCCGGUACUGAGCAACCGGGUUCCCGAGCCACGUCCUGGUGACUGUGUUAAUGAUACGGAGACAUUGCCAGAUACUGUAUUGAACUUCAUAAGAUCACAUCCACUGAUGGAUGCAGCUGUUUCACAUGAAAAUGGGAAACCUGUUUUCUACAAGAGAGAUCUCCUGUUUACUCAUCUCGUAGUUGACAAGUUAAAAAUUGACCUGUUUGGCACCGACCUGGAAUAUGUCGUCUUCUACGCUGGGACCAAUGAGGGCAGAGUUUACAAAGUGGUACAGUGGUAUGAUUCAAGUGGAGAAUCUUCAUCCAUACUCCUGGAUGUUUUUGAUGUGACUCCUGGGGAGCCGAUCCAUUUAAUGGAAAUAUCACGACAACAUAAAUUCCUGUAUGUGGCUUCUGAUCAUCGUAUCCGCCAGAUCGACCUAGUGAUGUGCAACCGACGUUAUGACAAUUGCCUUCGUUGUGUUCAUGAUCCAUAUUGUGGAUGGGACAAAGAUACCAAUUCCUGCAAACCCUUUACACCAGGGUUGCUGCAGGAUGUGUCCAACAGUACAAUGGGUGUCUGUGACAGUAGUGUAGUGAAGAAGAAAAUGGUUGUUACAUGGGGUCAAAGUAUUCAUUUGGGAUGCUUUCUCAAAAUGCCGGAGGUGCUGAGCAGUCAGACAGUUACUUGGUUCCAUUACAACAAAGAGAAGGGACGCUAUCAGAUCGUAUACAGGCCAGACAAGUACAUAGAAACUUCAGAACAUGGGCUGGUGAUUAUUGCUGUUAAUGAGGCUGACUCUGGACGUUAUGACUGCUGGAUGGGAGGGUCACUGCUGUGCAGUUAUAACAUCACUGUAGACGCACAUCGUUGUGCCCCACCGGGCAAGUCUCAUGACUAUCAGAAGGUCUACUCUGAUUGGUGUCAUGAGUUUGAAAAGUACAAGAUGGCUAUGAAGACGUGGGAAAGGAAACAGGCUCAAUGCAGCACUAGGCAAAAUGACAGUAAUCAGAAUACACAUCCUAAUGAAAUUUAUCAUAGAAGUCCAUUAGUCUGAUAGUCGUUAAAAGAAUCUGAAGUAUUUCGCUUCCGUUGGACUCUCAUUUUGUAUAUAGAGCUCAUGAGCGCAAGACGGUAAAAAUAAUAAGCCUGGUAUGUACCGUACAUUUUAGACCUUCUGUAUUUGCCCGUGGCACAACAUUAGAAACUGUUGCAGGUCCCAUUGUCAUGCAGUGGUCCAGUCUGUCCCAGGCACGCAUUUAUGAUAAUAAUAAUAAUAAGAAUAACAAUAAUGUAUAUGCAGUGCUGGACCAGCAUCUCUGUUCCGAGAGUGGAGUAGAUCUGUGAUAUUCUGACAUAGCAAACAGUGAAGGGUUCUGUAGUGAGUGCGGUGAUACGUGUGUUUGGACAGACAGCGUCGGUUGUGUUGGGGGUUAAGGAAAUUUUAGAAUUAGAACUAAUCCUGUUAUAGAAGAGAAGACAUUUCUAAAAUCAUUGUAGCUUUUAAAUAAUAAAAUUAAAACGAGUACUUGUCCUCAUAGUAAGAGUCGCACGUACUACAUCGUGUGGUGUACCUUUAUUAUGAGAGUGUGUAUAUGUGAGUGUGAUUUUUUAAAAUGUGUAAAGAUUUCUUUUGUAUGCUGAUCAGUGUUUGAAGAUACAUAUAAUAUUUCAAUGAGAAUGGUGUCAUUUCCACAUAAAUGAUUUAAAUACUUUAUUCUGAUAUGCGAGUGAUUUAGCGAGGAAAUGAAGAGUUUGAUGUUGGAAGUUCCAAAUGACACCAGAUGUGAUUCAAAAGGUGCUACAUGUUACAUAUUUGUGAAAUGAUGGAAGUUUUAUCCACAUUUACACUAAGGAAUCAGCCAAUAUAUAUCUUUUAUCCUUUCCAACCUUAAUUACUGCACAGGAAGCAAUAUAAAAACCUGAGGAUAUAAGAAUAUUCAGGGCUAAAGUAGAUUUUGUGGUUGGCAAUAAGAAAUUACCAUUGACUAAUUGGCUAAUAAGACUUAACAUUUUCACUAUUAUAGUUUGGCAGAAUGGCUGGCUGCAUUGUUUCAUGAUGGAAUUAAAAUUGCUGAUUUUUAACAUUCCCUUCUGCAUCGUAGUUUCUAGUAAAGACAUAGAAAGGCAGUGAUGCAAGUAGUGGUCCAUUCUUGACAGCGUCUACAUAAAACAUUGUCCCUACUGUAGGAAUUAAAAUAAGAGUAUGCAGUGCUUCUGUAUAUUCUUAGGCAAAGAAGUGAGGACAGUGCACUAAACCACAGUUACGUACUCAGGUUGACAUUGAAAUUAUUUAAAGAUUCAGUAACUUGCUGAAUGCUGAAGUUCUCAUAAUAUUAAAGUUAAUAAUAUCUUGGUAGAGGUAGAGGAUUAUUUAAAGGUACUAUCCUGAAGUCGCCAGUCACAGUGGCUGCAUAGUCUGAGGUGUGGGCCUUGUGCAUUUGGACACUGGGACCAUGGAUUUGAAUCCCGUUCAAGUAAUUGAUAUUUGUCCGUGUCUUUCCGUGUUGUGCUGUUCUAUGUACAGAUAGAGGCCUUGCAACAGGCUGAUCACUCAUCCAAGGAAUCCUACCAUAUGUUUAACCUUUAUCCUACUUGCGUUCCUUGUCAGGAACAUAAGUUGAGUACUCGGCCCUACGAACGUUCCUUGUGCGGAACGUAAAUAUUUGCAACAUUGUAAGGAGACUUGGCUACGUCUUUUGGCCUCUUUAGGGGAUACAAAAAUUGAAUCACUUUCUCUAGGGUUCUGACAAGUUCAACCUGAGCUGUCAACCUUAAACUAUAACCAUAAAGCAAUAAACUUUGUUUAUGUCAAGUGGGUUUCGGCUUCAUUUUCAGACCCCCUAUUCAAAGCUACUCACAUUCCUGGGCAUGAUGGGUGAAAAGAAUGUGUAUCCACUAAAUUAGAGGGAACAGUUAUAUUAUUCUUUCUUCAGUGUGGUGGAAAGAAAAUCACACACAGAGAAUUUUGACUUGCCCUAAUGAGAAAUAUGCUAGCACAUGCUGGACAACAACAGCCAUGUGUACACAGACCACCAGGUAGGCCAGCAAAUGUUGCCAAUAAAGUCACCAGACUGGACACUACUGGCCUGUUCCAUCUAAUCGCCUGCGAUGUCGCAUGUGUUCAGCUCGCGGGGUAACAAGAAAAAUCAGUGUGAAGUGUUAGAAAAGUGAGGGGGGUUUAUGUAUGGACAAAAACUGCUUCUUGGAAUAUCACACCAAGACACAGCUGUAAAAGUAUUCAAGUGCAAAACGCUUCACCAACAAAGCCUCCAACCAAAAUGUAAGUAAAAUAAACUCGAAAUUUAGAAACUUAUAGAUAUUUAGUAUAUAUUCAGGCAAUUAAUAAGACAUCAUAUUGCGGUUCUGUUACUCUGAGGUACUUUUAGGAUUAGUACCUUUAAAUUGACUGCGACUGCACCUCUGAAAUGUCUUUAAAAUACCAAUCAAUGUAACAUUUAUUACUGAGUAACUCAGUCACAUGGCACAGUGAUGUAAUUUUGAAAACAAAAUAAGUCAAGAUCAACAUAUAUGACUGAAGAUGUCCUUAGAGGGAGAUAUUUGUGUGUUCGUAAUAAAUAAUUUUGAUUUCACAUACUGGACCACAGUUCUGCUAUCCAGAAAAGCAAUGUACAUAUUUGCACAUAGUUAUAGAAUUAGUAUUUUGGUCUUGAAUAAGCAUUUAUUUGCAGUUGCAUUGUAAAAAUGUUUACAUAAAGCAUGGUUUUAAUGUAACAUGCAAAAUGACUUGAACUUUGUCUCGUAUCAGUACAAUAUUUGGAAUUUCUUAUGGGGGAGAAUAGGACACCUGUGAAUGGAGAUGAUAAUGACCAGGUUAAUAAAUCUUACAUUUGGAACUUGCAAUAUUUGAAAUAUAUGAUAAAUUUCAAAUUUGGUGGCUUAUUCUGACAUUGUUUACAAAGGACCGUUAUACUGCUCUUGUCACAGCGUUUGUAAUAACUUAGUUGAAAAGAGCCAUGAAUUUUCACUCAGUUUGAUGAAAUAAUAUUAUAUGCAGUUUUACAUCUUUCACAAUUUGUCGUAAACCUAGUAUUAGGAUUAGUUCCUUAAGAUACAAUGUGAAAUUUGAAGUGAGAGAAAUGUAUGCUAGUUGCCAGCCUCACUGCAGGCUUCCACAACAUAUAAGUAAUAAAUUGAAAGAACUUCAUA